GUCAUGUGCUCGUCUCUUGCUUGUACGUGACCAUUAAUCGGAUCCGUACCUGAAAUCACAUACGGCUUAGCAAUUUCAAACGUUUUCGAUUUUCAGUACAAAAAUUAGAUUCCGAUUGGUUUCGUUAUUUUGGUUUCAAAUUUUUUCCUCCAAGUACAGUUUUUGAAACAUGAAUUCGUGGAAUCCAUAUAACACUUUGAAUUUACAAAAAUUAGAAGCAACAGAAUUGUUCCAAAGUGCACAUAGAAAGCUACGAGAAAACCGAUGGUACAAGCCUGUACUUGACUAUGUAGAAGAAUUGACAAAAGUAAAUCGAGUUUAUACCGUGUCUGGAUUUGGUGCAUUAAUGAUUGUGAUCUUACUGCUGGAAUAUGGUACUUCUCUAAUCACUGGCUGUGUUGGAUUUAUAUUUCCUGCUUACAAAACUUUAAGAGAAUUGGAUACACCAGAGACGGGCGUAGGCAGAAAAUGGCUAUUGUACUGGUUCCUCCAUGCUGCUUUGAGUUUCUUCGAAAUAGUUUUCUUCUUCUUGUCUUGGAUACCAGGAUACUGGUUCUUUAAGAGUUUGUUCCUGUUCUGGUGCUAUGCUCCCAUGCAAAGAAAUGGAGCUGAUAUCAUCUACGGCUACGUCAUUCGUCCAGUUUUCCAGAAGAACAGAGAAGCCAUAGACAAUGUUGUAAAUCAAGUAACCAGGACUGCACAUUCCAUAUACACAGACUCUGAAGUUCACACUAAUACAGAUGGACACCAACACCAAAAUUAAGCAUAUAUUCCUAUGAUCAAUAACAGAAGUUUACAAAAUUUUAUUCUUCAGGAAAAGUUACUACAAUAAUUCAAGUCUGUAUUUAUUUUUAAGAAAAUUUUAUUUUGUUGAAUUUUGUGUGUAUGUACAAUAAAAGUUUCUUAGUAGAAAAAAA